AUGAAGCUGCUCCUCAUCCUCGCCGCCGCCACGCCCCUCGCGGCGCUGAACAUGAUCACGUACAACGGCGCGUAUUACUCGACCAUCCACAACGCCGACCCGUAUUCCACCGCGGCCGUUUGCGGGAGAACCUACACGGCCGUCCCCUCGGGGUGGGCGAUCGCGACCUACUCGUCGGACCUCUACAACAACGUCAUUAACGCGUACCCGUGGAACACGCAUGUCAUGGGCGUGCUGUCCGCCUCGGACCCCACCGUCGGCGAGUACUACGGGACGUCGAACUACGCGACCGCCGGACCGUCGCCCCUGCCGACGGCUUCGUUCGUCGAGAUCGCGAGCAUCGGCGCGGAGUCGACGUGCAUCCACGGCAUCGAAUGCGAGCUCCUCUGGGUGUACCGCGGCGAUUCGAGCGCCUGCGCGACUCUGACCGCCGUCUUCACGGACCCGGACGGCACCGUCAUCCUCACGGAAUCUCUGGACAACGACGGCCAAGAGACGCACAUCGUUUCCGGCGACGCGGCGGUGAGCGAGUACACGCUGACGCUCACGUGCGACGACGACGCCACGUUGACCGACUCCGUCGAUUUCCGGCCUCGGCCGCGCCGUGUCCACGGCCGGACGUUCAACACGACGUGGGUGCUCGAGCGGGGGACGCUCGCGGACGAGGCCCCGCUGGCCGUCUGGGCGCGCACGGCGCCGGCGCUCAGCGGCUACGCGCGCGACCGCGAGCACGACCUCGUCCUCGCCGUCGGCGCGAUCGUCGCCGGCGCGCACUACUCGCUGCGCCUCGACGCGACGCUCGAGGGCAUAGACACCGCCGGCUCGGCGUCCGUGACGUUCUACGUCGCGCGGCCGCCGUCGAGCGGCAGGCUCCUCGCGUCGCCCGCGGCGGGCUUUGCGCUCGAGACGACGUUCGAGCUCUCCACGCGCAGCUGGGUCACGGAGGACCCGCCGCUGACCUACGCGUUCAAGAGCCGGACGAACGGCUCCGAGUCGACGCUCCGGGGCCCGACGCUCGAGGCCAAGCUCGGCGGCGUCGUGCUGCCCAAGGGGUCGCCGAACGUGACGCUCGUUGUCGUCGCGGCCGACGCGCUCGGCGGGUCGACGGAGGCGCCGCUGAGCCUGCGCGUCGCGCCGACGUCCCUCGCCGGCGACGCGCUCGCGAAUCUGACGACGGGCCUCCUCGACGAGGCCUUUGCGCUCGGGUCCUCCGAGGGCAUCUGCCAGACCGUCGUAGCCGCGUCGACGGCGGACGGCGACGCCGCGCUCACGGCGACGAUGAUCGACGCCGUCGGCGCCGUCGCGCGGGGCCUCGACGCGGACGCGUCGCUCGUCGAGCAGACGAGCUCCGCGCUCCUGUCCGUCGCGUCCAACGGCAGCGGCCUCGCCGCGGCCGCGGCGUCGUCCGCGCUCGACUCCUGCGAGGGCCUCGCGGCCGCGUCGGGCGGCGACACGGGCAUCACGGCCGUCGCGGCCGCGGGCCUCGGCGACACGCUGUCGAGCCUCCUCGACAGCCCCCUCUUCGCGGCGGGCAACGGGUCGUCGAACGCGUCCGCGGGCGCGUCGCUCGGGUCCUCGGUCGACGGCAUCCUCGCCGCGCAGCUCGCCGGCGCCGUCGCGGGCGAGUACGCGAUGACGCUGUCGUCGCCGAACCUCAAGAGCUCGGCGCAGCGCCUGAGCCCCAACGCGACGACGCCCGGCGAGGUCCGCGCGCUGUCGCUCGACGGCGCGGCGAGCGCCGCGGAGCUCCCGCCGAGCCUCGCGGGCGGCGACGCCUACGACGCGUCCUUCGCCGAGUACGCGACGGAUCCCUACGCGGGCGAGGACGGCGGCGGCGGCGCGGCGCUGACGGCGCGCGCGCACGAGCUCCUCGAGGGCGGGCCGCCCGACGCGUGGGAGAGCCAGGCGCCGAUCCCGGAGGGAGGCGCGGCGGACGGGGACGCGACCGGGUUUACCGUGUCGUGUUCGGUCCAAUGCGACGGCGCGGCGUGCGUCGCGCCCGUGGACGCGGGCGCCGCGUGCCUGAGCUCCACGCUGGACGACGCGUUCGCCGUGCCGUCGAGGACCGCGGCGUGCCUCUUCGGCCUGGACCGGCUUGAGGACGAGGUCCCGCGCGCGAGGGUGGCCGAGGCGCGGCCCGCGGCGGCCAAGGAGGCCGCGCCCGUCGACGACGGCGACCUCGUCGUGCCCGAGAUGGGCGAGUGGGUCGAGUCCCUCGUCGGCGACCUCGACGCCCGCCUCGAGCCCACCGACGUCGAGCCGCUUGCCUCGGGGCCCGGGCGAGGCGCGACGGCGUCGCCGCAUUUGUCGCUCGCGUCGCUCGCGUCGCGCGGCAUCUCGAGGGCGAAAUUCGCCGCGCGGCGGGCCACGAGCCGCCGCACGCUCUGCAGCGACAGCUCCAAGACGACGGUGCGCGACUGCGCGGAGAUGCUCGCGCCCACGCUCGCGCGCGCGGUCGUCGCGAGGAGCCGCGAGCUGCGGCGCGCGGCGGCCGCGGCGACGUCGAGGACGACCGCGCGGCGCCUCGGCGAGCUCGACGCCCACCUCCUCGAGCGCUGGGGCUUCAACGGGUCGCGCCAGGUCUUCAUCGCCAACGUCGAGCGCGUCGUCGUGAAGCGGCUCGGCCGCGCGGCGCGCUGGCACGCGGAGCUCGAGGCGGCGGACGACGCGCGCGCCAAAGAGCGCGCGGCCGUCGCCUACCUCCGGGCGGAGAUGCUCUCGAAGAAGGAGCGGACGGUCAUGACGACCAUCGCGGAGCGGCUCCAGGGCGAGCUCGAGGCGCCCGAGGAGCCGCCGGGGGCCGCGCCGUACAUCGCCGCGUGGGCCGGCGUGCUCUGCGUCGUCCUCUACUGCUUCUACUACCUCCUCACGACGGGAUCCCAAUUCGGGCGGAAGAAGACGCGGCUCUGGCUCGAGGCCGUGACGUUUUCCCUCGUGCUCUACUUCGUCUUCAUCAAGCCCAUCGUCAUCCUCCUCAUCAGCGUCAUCAUGCCCAGCUUCGUGGCCUCCUCCGUCGACAAGGCCAGGAGCCCCCUCGACCACCCGCGCUACCCCUUCGAGACGCCGCUCCCCGAGAGCUCCGUCUUCUACCUCCUCCGCUGGCACCCCGAGCUCAACGGCACGCGCCUCGCGGACCACGUCGCGGCCGAGGCGACCGGCGCGCCGCGGAGCGCGCGCGAGUGCCUCACGGACGUGCGCGUCGCCGAGAUCCACGGCGCGGCGAUCCCCCGGACGAGCGGCACGGCCGUCGUCCUCGCCCUCAUCGCGCUCCUCUUCGGGCUCCACGAGGACAUCCAGGACACGCUCAUCGAGGAGGUCUUCACGUUCCUGCCGCUCGCCUCGGGCUUCGUCGCGGAGCGCACGCCCGGGCUCGAAUCCGCCGGGGAGGACGUCGGCGCAGCCUUCGGUAUGGUCGUCGUCGGCGCGCUCGUGUACGUCGCCUGGAAGGCGUACCACGCGUGCGGGAAGGCGACGGCGCGGGCCGCGGUGGCGCUCCCGCGCCGGAAAAGCGACGCGGGCGGGCCCGCCUUCCGAUGGCCCGAGGACGAGGCGCCGGAAACCCCGAGGCCGGACGUCGCCGGCGAGGACGAGAAGUCGCCGGAGGACGCCGUCGCCCUCGUCCUCUUCGACGGCGGCGGCGACGGCGACCGCGUCGAGGCCGCGCGCCCGGACGACGACGAAGCGGCGGCGGAGCGACCGGACGACGCGGCCUCCGACGGGGAGUUCCUCGACGACGAAGAGAUCCUCCUCGACGUCGACGUCCGGCGGGCGGACGCGGACGCGCGCGGGGCCGAGGAGGCGGCGCGCGACGACGAGGCCGGCGCCGCGGACGCCGAGGAGCGCGGGGCCGCGGGGGCGGCGCAGGACGACCGCGAGGCGGGGGACGCGGCGGCGGGGCGACGGGAGGACGCGGCCUCCGACCGCGAGUCCCUCGACGACGAGGACAUCCUCCUCGACGUCGACGCCCGACGCGCGGAUGGGACCGGUGCCGCGGACGCGGAGGCGCGCGGGGCCGAGGACGCGGCCGUCGAGAGCGCGGGCGACGCCAUCGAGAACGCCUUCGAGGAGCCGCCGCCGCCGCAGCCUGAGACGCUCUCGGACUACGUCUUCAGCGUGCAGGCGAAGCCGGAGGACGCGCCCGCGCCGUCCUACUCGGACGCCGCGUACGCCGCGGUCUUCGGUGCGGCCACCGCGGCGCGGGACGACCACGACGCGGGGGACGCGGUGGCCGCCCGGCCCGGCGAGGCGCGCUCGCGCGCGCGCGGCCGGAGCGCGACCCAGGGCGAGGGCCGGAGCCGGAGUGGGAGCCGGUCGAAGAGCCGGAGUCGGAGCAGGAGCCGGAGGCCCGGCCGCCGCGCGAUGCACCGCGCCCCGUACGUCGUCAAGGCCAAGGGCGCCGUCGUACGCGCCGGCGUCGCGCUCGACAGCGACAAAGUCGUGAGGCUCCCCGCCGGCACCGCCGUCGUCGUCGAGGUCGCCGAGCAGCUCCCCGACAAGAAGACGCGGUACCUCCUCGUCGAGCCCGUCGUCGGCUGGGUGUCGCGCGGGGCGGUGGCCAAGGCCGGCUGA